AUGCAGCAGAUAGAAGUGUCUCCGUCCGGACCGAUAAACAUAAAAAUCAAAGAAGAUUUGAACACGCCAGCGCAUGCAGCUGAAUUUCUCUUCGGAACGCUCUGCAGGGGGCCUGUCAUCGCCGCUUGCAUGCGACUGGAGGAGACAGUUGCACCAACAGCAGCACAAAGAGAAGCAGAAGCAGGGGCUCCUUCAGCUGAAGAGAUAGAAGAGCUGCUGCAGAUGAUUGCUGACAGACAGUCAGCAGCAACAGCAGCAGCAGAAGCAGCAGCACAAGAAGUAGCACAAGAAGCAGCAGCAGCACCUGAAGCGGAAGCAGAAACACCCGAAGCAGAAGCAGCACCCGAAGCAGGAGAAGCAGCAGCAGCAGCGCCAGCAGCAGCAGCAAGACGACAGUUCUAA